CUGUAGGACAGAGAAAUGAGUCCGCAGACAGAUCUGUGUGGGAGAUCAGCUCUGACUGUGUUCAGUCUGGCUACAUCAUUUUCCUCUUCCUCCAUCCUGAAUCUCACCUGCUCAGACACACUGUGGCACGCAGGUGGACAGCAGAGAGACGGUCUACCUGGACAUGGAUCACCUGGUAUUGCUGCUGCUGCUGUGGAGCUCAGGACUCCAGGCUGAAGGACAACACACCUCAACAGAGCCUGAUGAUGUCAAGUUGGUGGGAGGAGCCAGUCGCUGUGCAGGAAUGCUUGAGCUGAAACAUCAGGGAGACUGGAGACCAGUGAGAUACUAUUACUGGAACCUGAAGGCAGCAGCUGUUGUCUGUAGAGAGUUGGACUGUGGCUCUGCUGUUUCUGUAGGAGAGAGAGAGGAGUCCUCAGAUAGACCUGUGUGGUGGAUCAGGUCUGUCUGUGUGCAGUCUGGAUCUGCUCUGAGGGAGUGUGUAACAUCAUAUUACUCUUCCUCUAUUCUGGAUCUCACUUGCUCAGACUCUGUCAGGCUGGUGGACGGGACUAGUCUGUGCUCAGGCAGACUGGAGGUGAAGUCUAACCAGUCUAACCAGUCUAACCAGCGGUGGUCCUCAGUGUGUGAAGCUGACUUUGACCAGCAGGAUGCAGAGGUCGUCUGUAGGGAGCUCGGCUGUGGGGCUCCUUCAGGCCUCCAGGGGGCGCUCUAUGGAGAAGUGGAGGCUCCGAUGUGGACCAAAGAGUUCCAGUGUGGAGGCCAUGAGUCUGCUCUCCUGGACUGUAGAAGCUCAGGCUCAGCUAGAAACACCUGCUCACCUGGAAAAGCUGUUGGACUCACCCUGGACGGGACUAGUCUGUGCUCAGGCAGACUGGAGGUGAAGUCUAACCAGAGGUGGUCCUCAGUGUGUGAAGCUGACUUUGACCAGCAGGAUGCAGAGGUGGUCUGUAGGGAGCUCGGCUGUGGGGCUCCUUCAGUCCUCCAGGGGGCGCUCUAUGGAGAAGUGGAGGCUCCGAUGUGGACCAAAGAGUUCCAGUGUGGAGGCCAUGAGUCUGCUCUCCUGGACUGUAGAAGCUCAGGCUCAGCUAGAAACACCUGCUCACCUGGAAAAGCUGUUGGACUCACCUGCUCAGAGCCUGUCAGGUUGGUGGGAGGAGCCAGUCGCUGUGCAGGAACACUGGAGGUGAAACAGGGAGACUGGAGACCAGUGAGAGAGUCUUUCUGGACCCUGAAGACAGCAACUGUUGUCUGUAGAGAUCUGGACUGUGGCUCUGCUGUUUCUGUAGGAGAGAGAAAGGAGUCCUCAGACAGACCUGUGUGGUGGAUCAGGUCUGACUGUGUUCAGUCUGGAUCUGCUCUGAGGGAGUGUGUAACAUCAACUUCCUCUUCCUUCAUCCUGGAUCUCACCUGCUCAGACUCUGUCAGGCUGGUGAACGGGACUAGUCUGUGCUCAGGCAGACUGGAGGUGAAGUCUAACCAGAGGUGGUCCUCAGUGUGUGAAGCUGACUUUGACCAGCAGGAUGCAGAGGUGGUCUGUAGGGAGCUCGGCUGUGGGGCUCCUUCAGUCCUCCAGGGGGCGCUCUAUGGAGAAGUGGAGGCUCCGAUGUGGACCAAAGAGUUCCAGUGUGGAGGCCAUGAGUCUGCUCUCCUGGACUGUAGAAGCUCAGGCUCAGCUAGAAACACCUGCUCACCUGGAAAAGCUGUUGGACUCACCUGCUCAGAGCCUGUCAGGUUGGUGGGAGGAGCCAGUCGCUGUGCAGGAACACUGGAGCUGAAACAUCAAGGAGACUGGAGACCAGUGAGAUACAUUGACUGGACCCUGAAGGAAGCAGCUGUUGUCUGUAGACAACUGGACUGUGGCUCUGCUGUUUCUGUAGGAGGGAGAAAGGAGUCCUCACGCAGACCUACGUGGUGGAUCAGGUCAGAGUGUGUUCAGUCUGGAUCUGCUCUGAUGGAGUGUGCUACAUCAUCUUUGUAUUUGUCCAUCCUGUAUCUCACCUGCUCAGACUCUGUCAGGCUGCUGGACGGGACUAGACUGUGCUCAGGCAGACUGGAGGUGAAGUCUAACCAGAGGUGGUCCUCAGUGUGUGAAGCUGACUUUGACCAGCAGGAUGCAGAGGUGGUCUGUAGGGAGCUCGGCUGUGGGGCUCCUUCAUUCCUCCAGAGGGCGCUCUAUGGAGAAGUGGAGGCUCCGAUGUGGACCAAAGAGUUCCAGUGUGGAGGCCAUGAGUCUGCUCUCCUGGACUGUAGAAGCUCAGGCUCAGCUAGAAACACCUGCUCACCUGGAAAAGCUGUUGGACUCACCUGCUCAGAGCCUGAUGAUGUCAGGUUGGUGGGAGGAGCCAGUCGCUGUGCAGGAACACUGGAGUUGAAACAUCAGGGAGACUGGAGACCAGUGAGUUACUUUGACUCUGACUGGACCCUGAAGACAGCAGGUGUUUUCUGUAGAGAUCUGGACUGUGGCUCUGCUGUUUCUGUAGGAAAGAGAAAGGAGUCCUCAGACAGACCUGUGUGGUCAAUCAACUCUGACUGUGUUCAGUCUGGAUCUGCUCUGAGGGAGUGUUCAGAAUCAUUUUCCUUUUCCUCCAUUCUGGAUCUCACCUGCACAGACCUGCUGCUUCAGCCCAACAUCUCUGCGUCCUCCUCCGUGGACGGGGUCUCCGAGGCCCAGCAGCAGGGCUUUCAGGUGUCCAGGGGCUCCACCUUAAACAUCAGCUGCUCCAUCCAGCCACAGUACCCAGGAGGCUCCUUCCAGCUCACCUUCACCUCCUCCAACGCAUCACAGAUGUACACCCAGCGAGCUGUCAAUCACUCUGCCCACUUCCUGUUUCUUGCCGCAGAGCCCGCCCACCAAGGAAACUACAGCUGUGUUUAUCACGUCCAUGUUUUUUCUCAUGACUUCUCCUCUGAGAGCCGUCGGCUGUCUCUCACUGUCUCAGAUUCAACAGUUCUUCUCAUCAACGUGAUCGUCCUGCCGCUGACUCUGCUGUUGGUGUUGGUGAUGGUGUUGCUGUUGGUGACUGCUGCCCUUUAUUUCUACUAUAAGGUUAGAAGGAGCCAGGAGAACAUUGUGCUGAAACGGUAUACUCAGUGUGUUUCUGCAGCUGAAGGAGGGCCGACUGAAGAGGAAGAAGCUCAGAGAGCAGAGUAGGACCGCCAAGAAGUUCAUCUAAGCUGCCACACAACCCACCAUCAGCUCAGUCCAGGAUUUUACACUUUUAUACUGAUGUUCCCUUUAAUAAUACAGCUGGAAUUAUUAGAUUAUAUUAGAAACUCUAUUUUUAUUACUCUGAACAUGAAAAGAGCAAAACCAACAGCGUGUCAGCUGGUUUCUGUCUGAAGACGUCAAGCUUUAAAAAGUCCUCACAAAUAUAAAGUUUAGUUUUAAAACUAAGUAUUGGGGUGAAAACACCCAGCACAAUUCCGAACCAAAGCCACACCGACCCAGGACGACCUGGAAGUCCUUCUGGAACAAUGUGGCCUGGUUCCUCCCACGUCUCACCAGGGGUAGUCCCUGAGCGCUGUGACCUUAGUGACUGGACGUAUUUAAUUUUGGCUGUCUCUCUGGGAUAUUUGUUGUCUCUCCAGCUGUGACGGCAGCCAUUUUUGAUGAAUUGAAUUGGGAUGACAAAUGGGAACAUUUUUGACCAACACGAUACCCACAAAAGAUUCAUCCAAUAUGUCAAAAAUGUUCCCUCACAUCCAGAAGUUUCCCAUUUGUCAAUCGAUGUGUCAAAAAUGUUCCCUCACAUCCAGAAGUUUCCCAUUUGUCAAUCGAUGUGUCGAAAAUGUUCCUGUUUGUCAGAGUGAUAUUUGUGGACC